CGGCCUCAGCUGCCUAGCCCCGGACCCGCGCCGCUACCUGGGGCGCCCCGAGGUCUCUGUGGGGUGGGCCGGGCGCGGCCUGGCGCUGCGCGGAUGGCCCUGCUCGCCGUCCUCCUGGUCCUCUUCCUGACCGCCGCUGGGAGGUGCCAGGAGCAAGCCCAGACCACCGACUGGAGGGCCACCCUGAAGACCAUCCGGAACGGCGUUCACAAGAUUGACAUGUACCUGAACGCCGCCUUGGACCUCCUGGGAGGCGAGGACGGGCUCUGCCAGUAUAAGUGCAGUGACGGAUCUAAGCCUUUCCCACGUUAUGGAUAUAAACCCUCCCCACCGAAUGGAUGUGGCUCCCCACUGUUUGGUGUUCAUCUUAACAUCGGCAUCCCUUCCCUGACAAAGUGCUGCAACCAACAUGACCGGUGCUAUGAGACCUGCGGCAAAAGCAAAAACGACUGUGACGAGGCGUUUCAGUCUUGCCUGUCCAAGAUUUGCAGAGAUGUGCAGAAAACGCUGGGGCUGGCUCAGCACGUGCAGGCCUGUGAAACCACCGUGGAGCUCUUGUUUGACAGCGUCAUACACUUAGGCUGUAAGCCGUACUUGGACAGCCAACGAGCCGCAUGUAGGUGUCGCUAUGAAGAAAAAACCGAUCUUUGA